AUUGAGGAAAACCCUUGAAGAAAUUGAAUACAGUGAAUUUAUUGUUUAUGAGUGGACACUAUUCUUUCAGCCAUGGAAGCGGCCCUCUUGAAGUGUUGCAGACCAUUGAUUCCUGUCCUUGACUCGCAGAAGUUGAUCCCCUUGCGCCGCAUCAAACUCUUCUCCGCCGCCGGCAGAGGCAGGUUUGUGCCUUUUCUCACCAGAACAAGGUUUAUGGUCAGGUGUUUCGGCUCUUCAUCAGGGCAUACGUUUAGUACAGAGAACAGCAAUACAUGCGGAGGUAAAAAUGGAAAUCAGCUGAUGAACCACCAGUUAUGGCUUUACAAUACAAUGAGCAAAGAGAAGGAGAUGUUCAAACCCAAAGUACCUGGAAAAGUCGGAAUGUAUGUGUGCGGUGUAACAGCUUAUGAUCUUAGCCACAUUGGCCAUGCUCGUGUUUAUGUCUGCUUCGACGUUCUCUACAGGCAGGUACCUUAAACAUUUGGGAUACGAAGUCAAUUAUGUACGCAAUUUCACUGAUGUUGAUGACAAGAUUAUAGCAAGAGCAAAUGAGUUGGGUGAGGAUCCUAUCAGUUUAAGCAGGCGGUAUUGUGAAGAGUUUCUUCUUGACAUGUCAUAUCUUCAUUGUCUUCCUCCUUCGGUGGAGCCAAGAGUCUCUGAUCAUAUGCCCCAAAUAGUUGAUAUGAUACAACAGAUUCUUGAUAAUGGGUGUGCUUACGCAAUUGAUGGUGAUGUCUACUUUUCUAUAGACAAAUUUCCAGAAUAUGGAAAAUUAUCUGGACGAAAGUUGCAAGAUAAUAGAGCAGGUGAGCGAGUUGCAGUGGAUACAAGGAAGAAAAACCCUGCAGAUUUUGCUUUGUGGAAAUCUGCAAAGGAGAGAGAGCCUUUUUGGGAGAGUCCGUGGGGUCCAGGAAGACCUGGAUGGCAUAUUGAGUGCAGUGCGAUGAGUGCUACAUAUUUAGGGUACUCUUUUGACAUACAUGGUGGUGGGAUUGAUCUUAUAUUUCCUCAUCAUGAAAAUGAAAUUGCCCAGAGUUGUGUGGCAUGCACCAAAAGUAAUAUAAGUUAUUGGAUGCACAAUGGAUUUGUCAAUAUUGACUCAGAGAAAAUGUCAAAAUCACUUGGAAACUUUUUCACAAUUCGGCAGGUUAUUGAUAUAUAUCAUCCAUUGGCUUUAAGACUUUUCUUAAUGGGGACACAUUAUAGAUCACCUAUUAAUUACACAGUUGCACAGCUUGAGAGUGCAUCUGAUCGUGUUUUCUACAUAUAUCAGACAUUAUAUGAUUGUGAAGCUGUUCUCGCUCAGCAUAGUGGAUGUUGGAUGGAUUCUGUUCCUUUAGGAACUGCUGAGUGCAUAGAGAAGUUUCAUAAUGAACUUCUGACUUCACUAUCUGAUGAUCUGCAUACUCCUGUUGCUCUGGCUGCAAUGUCAGAUCCAUUGAAGAUGAUGAAUGAUCUAUUGCAUACUCGCAAGGGUAAGAAGCAAGGAUUGCGAAUAGAAUCACUUGUUGCUUUAGAGAAGACAAUAAGGAGUGCUCUAUCCAUUUUGGGGCUCAUUCCAAGUGAUUACUGUGAGGUUCUACAGCAGCUAAGAGAGAAAGCACUAACGCGUGCGAAUUUGAGGGAAGAUCAAGUUUUUCAUAAAAUAGAAGAAAGGAUGUGGGCAAGAAAGAACAAAGAGUAUGAAAGAUCUGAUUCAAUUCGAAAAGAAUUGGCAGCUUUAGGCAUUGCUUUGAUGGAUAGUCCAGAUGGCACAACUUGGAGACCUGCUAUCCCUCUAUCCUUUCAAGAUUGUGAAUAGUUUUUUUUUUUUACUUUCGGAAACUAUGAAUAAGUUUAUGUGUUGAUGAAGAACCUUUACACAUAAGGGUUUGAAACUCAAUGGAGUGAGUUUCAGCCCUGAUUACUCCAGACUCCCCAGACCCCCUCCCUAGACCCCCUGUAGUAAAAAAAAGGAACCUUUACAACAACUGAGCCUAAAUUCCAAAUCACUUGUGUUGUGCUCUGUUGCCCCGGGUGGGUAACCUUUGGAGUUGAAACGAAGCAGGUGGGUGAGUUUAACUUCAAUCUGCACCUCUUUGGCCCAAAAUCUGCGAUGAGCGUGUAACGAGUUUGAGAACGAUUUGCCCUUUGUACAUUAGAAAAAUCGGUCCACAUCAUAGGACAAGAAAGUAUUUCAUUUUUUAUGCUCCAAGCUUCCAUGUGUUGUUUCUUUGAUCAUGUGAAGCUGAACUGUAAAAAAUUAAUGAAAACAGUGUGAGGGCCACAUUGUCAAUCUCAAAAGCCAGUUGAAACAGGCUGAGUCACCAAAUAAAUUUGAUCGUGGGGCACAAAAUGGUGCCUUUUCAGAACCUUGGCAAAAGAUGGCGUCCAAAUCUAUUAAAACACUAGUGCAGGUGGCAGGUACAUUUGGGUGGCGGAGACAGGUCAUGAUUCUCCUUGGGCUAAAACAUUUAUUUCAUUCAAUCUUUCCGCCUUUAAUGAAAAGGAGCUGUAUCUAUAUGACAAGUAGUUUUCUCCCUCUGUAGAGGGAUUCACCAG